AUGAAUGAUAUACAAUUAGAGAAAGGUUCUGCAACUAAUGCAAAUAAAAAUGUAAAAAGUUCUGAAAAAACACCUGUUCCAAUUGGACUAUCAGAUGAUUCAACUGGAUCAGAUUUAUCAGAUGAUUUACAAAGAACUCUUGAUAAUUUGACUAAAUUUUCGCAUGUAUUUUACAAUAAUCUUAAUAAUAAUGAAGACAAAGUAGCUUAUUUAAAAUCAAUCUGA